UUUGUAUGUAAUUAGUUGUAAUCUACACUUAAUCUCUUAUGUAAGUAGAUUAGAAGAAAGAGGUCUACUGUGUAAUUACUGUUUCAAGUUGUAUAAGUAUAACGUAAUGAGAAAAUAACAGAAACCUUUUUAGGUCUCAAUUCUGGCAUCCAAUUUUACAUGGUAUCAGAGCACCGAUCUUGAACGGCUGCUAUACAACCUACCGACAGGCCCUAUUGUCUCCGACGACGCCGUACGCCGUACGGCAGGCCUUGUUCUUACCUACCGACGAUCUGGACGUUGUUCCGAUCUGGAUCUGGAUCUCGCUGAACUGUUUCAGCCCUUGAACCUUCUUAUCCACCGCCGACGAGCCUCGUUUCAGCUUCUCCGCCGCCGUCGACCUUUGACCAGGUCAUGUAUCUGCUUCCGUUGAGGCUUACGACACUGUACGACGUCCGACAGUCUUGGAUCUUGCUCGACGGGCACCGGCGAUUACCUUCUGACCUUGUACGACUUCGGGUUCCUACCGACACCCCCUGGGUAAUCUCGUACAGGUGUAUUUAAGGGAUUAGGACUGGCUAAAGUUUUUGUUUAAGAGUUUCAGAAAAUUGGACCUUCCUUUUUCUUUUAAUUUCUCCUGGACUGAACAGUUGGUGAUUAUUAUUUUUACCUUACUGUGUACUCUUGGUUGUUUAUCAUAAUUUGGGUUUGUUGCAAUGUCAGAGGAUAAACAAAAGGCUUCCGCUAGUACAAAUGAUGAGUUGAGUCGUAUAGGGCCUCUAGAUAAUUUUUCUCUGGAUAUUUGCCAUAUUAAGUUGGAUGAUACCAACUAUUUGAUUUGGUCUCGUACCUUUACCUUGGCUAUUGAGGCCAAAGGGAUGUCAGAGUUCAUUGAGAGUCCUGUUGCUCCACCUGUUGAGGCGAUUGAACUCAAGAAAUUUAAAUCUCGGAAAUCAUUAGUCAUGACAUGGUUGUUUAACUCUAUGAGAGCUGAUAUUCGUCAUACUUUCCUAUUGCUUGAUACUCCAUAUCAGAUUUGGACUACUGCUGCCCAAACCUAUUCUCAGCAAGGUAAUGAUGCACAGUGUUUUGAGUUGAGGAAGAGGCUCCGUACAUUGGAGCAAAAUCAUCGUUCUGUUGCUGUGUAUUUUGCUGACUUGAGUGGAGCUUGGGGGGAAUUUGAUUACUAUCAGGGUUUUCAAGCUGUUUGUGCCGUGGAUGCUGCUAACUGGCUAAAACGGAUGGAGAAAGAGCGUGUUUAUGACUUUCUUGCUGGUCUUGAUCUGGAGCUUGAUCCAAUUAGAGUACAGGUGUUGGGUCGUGUUCCAUUUCCGUCCUUGGGAGAGGCCUAUUCUAUUGUUCAGCAGGAGGAGAGUAGGAGGGGUGCUAUGUUGCACCCUCCUAUUUCUGAUCGUUCUGCCCUGAUUGCUACUCCUCAGGGUCCUUUUGGUUCUGAUAGUGGGCCUAUUCCCCAGGGUGGCAAGUUACAGUCAAGUACUAGCAGCAGGCCUCUUGAUCGUGCGUCACUCCAAUGUGAUUAUUGCCAUAACACAGGUUAUACCAGAGAUUUUUGUUGGAAGCUACACGGCAAGCCCACUCGUGGGUGCGGGGGUGGACGCAGUGGCCAUGGCCGCGGUCCGGUGCGUUCUCGGGCCCAAGCCCAUGUUUCGGAGUCUACAGUCAGCACCUUGCCUGAUUCUGGGAUUCAGGCAUCAUCUGAUCAUAUUGGUGGUUUCUCUCAGGGGGAGAUACAAACUCUCAGGCGCCUUAUGGCUCAGGCUGAUUCUCCAUCUACUAUAGCUCCCUCCAAUGCAGCUCCUACUUCAUCAUAUUUUGCUCAUACAGGAACUGGAUACGGGGAAGGUGAUUGGCAGUGGUAAAUCACAUGGUGGCCUCUAUUUUUUGGAAUCUGCACCUCGUCCACCCAUGUCAUGUGAUCUUGCUCUGCAAGCAGAUACGGGUGCACCGCUUAAUAUGUUACAUCAGUGGCACCGUAGAUUGGGUCAUCCCUCCUUUGGAAUUUUAGAGAAACUUUUUCCUAAUUUAAUAAGGCAUUGUCCUAAGAGUCAGUUUUUUUGUGAAGCAUGUGAGUUUGGAAAACAUAAACAUUCUUCUUAUGCACCUAUUAAUAAACGGAGAGCGUCUCCUUUUACUGU